UACAAUAUUUCAUUUUUUUUCUCCAAAUCUGACAAUGGGACCAACUUGCCUGAACCAUAAAGUAUUAUACACAAUGUAAACAAUGCCGAUUCUACAUGUGCAGGGAGGAAUUAAUCGUUGUUUCACUCUACAAUGAGGAGAAAAUUAGAAUAUUUCAUUAUUCAUAUAAUAAAAUACAAAAGAAAUAGUGAGUGGAUGAUGUCAUCAGUCUCCUCAUUUGCAUACUGACCAGGAUGUGCAUAUAACUGUUUUGUGAAAUUAAGUGAAACUUUAAGAUGUAACUUUCUUAUUUUACAUCCGAUUUUGAUGAAAUUUUCAGUGUUAUGCUUGUUGGAUUUUUCUCUUUUUAUUCUAAUCAUCUUUUUGUUGGGGUGGACUUGUCCUUUAAAUAAUAUUUAUAAAAUUUCGAAGAAGGGUAAACAAUGGGGGUAUUGCUAUGGCAGUGAAAUGUGGAGUUGGAAUGAAGGAUGAGAUAAUGACUUAAUUGGAAUGUAAAUGAAUGAGGAAAAUGCAAAGAGUGUACGCCUAUAUGGUAAAAUUUAUUUCAAUCUAAUAAUAUGUAUUUUAUGGACUUUAAUAUUAAUUAGUCUACAGCCUAGAUCUAGUCCAUUGGGGAGCUGUUCACACCGAGGCCUCAUAAGCUUAAUCUUGAAUAGAUUUUCAGCAAACGUUCACCAAUAUUCUCUAACUGCCAGUUAACACAAAUUCAGGAUAAAUAAUAAUGGUUAAUGCAGAAUCAAUAAAUACAAUCUCAUGAAACAAACAAAAAUAUUUUAAUUCACAAAGCUUAUUAUCAAUCUGUAAUUUCUGUAUAUAUGUUUUCGGCUUAGUUAUCGAUAGACUUACCAUCGGAAGGGUUGAAUCCUUCCUGGAAGUUUUCACUGGAUGGAGAAGGCACUUGUGUGGAAGAAACAUUAUGUUCGUAAUGAUAACCACAAUAACUAAACAAUCCUCUUUUCUGUGGUAAAACUGGAAUCUCGUGUAGUUCUAAAACCGUGACAUUGUAAUAGUCUUUCACUAAAUGUAGGCUAGUAUUCCUCACUCUUCCCUCAAACCAAUAUUCAGUUCCAAGAGAGAUUGCUUGUAGUGUCAGAGAAACUAAUCCCGUAAAAAGUCCCAAAAGUAGAACCGCCGUUUUCCCCAUUUUUGCUGUCUGCGAAGUCGGUACUCGGACGACAGGUGCAUGGAGCUUGGUAAAGGGUAUUCCACUGGUACCACACAACAAAUUUUCAGCUGAGUUCCAGUACGUACCGCCAGGCGAAGGUCUCGCUGUGUAAUGAAUCGGGAUUAAGCUGUGAGCGGGUGUAUGUUGUGCAGAAGGAGGCGCCACCGAUGAAGCAGACGAAUACGAUUAAAAUGGCAGAUUCCUCUUCUUCGGGGGCAUCUAAAAAAAGAUUCACUAUACCUUCAGCUGAUGAAAUAGAACUUUUUGAAAAUGCCAAGCCAAAGGUACAAUCACACUUCAGGUCAAAGAAUGCAGCCACUCAUGGUGGAUCUUCCUUACAACAUGGGGCCUCUACAACUAGCUCAGGUUCAGGUUUGUCAGAUCAUGAACCAAUCUCCAAGAAGAUGGACACCAAACAUGCACCAUCCACUGCAAGACUUACAGUCACAGAACAGGAUGAGACGGGUAGAACGGCUCAAGAUAAGCCUGCAUCUGUAAUCGGUCAGAGAACAAUAUCCAGUGAAAGUGCAGAUGCAAUGAGGACGAGUCUAGAGCUGCGACGCCAAAGAGCCGAUGAGGCCCUGAGAGAAAGAUUGGAAGCAGGGGCACAAGCUCCCGCUCCUCAAAGACCAAGGUAUGCGGAAGCACCAAAGAGGAGAUUAGAUGAAAGAUCAAAUGCCACUUCCUCAAAUGCUACAUCUGCAGGAGACAGAAACAAUGUGCAAUCCAACCCGUAUAGACUACCACAAGCGUCUGAAAUAGCCAGAAGGGGGAAGAUUGGCUCUUCCUUUGCAAGCAAGUUCCACAUGCUUGGGACUGCAGAAGAGUAUAAGAUUCCACAGGCAGCUGUAAAGCAAUCAACCGAUUCUUCUCUACCUGGUACAUCAGCUGGUGCUUCAAGUAAAGCUCCAUCUGGAAACAGCGUGAUUGUUAAUCCAAGGCAGAGAGGUAAUCCGAUCCUGAAGCACAUUCGUAAUGUUCCUUGGGAGUUUGGUGAUAUAGUCCCAGACUAUGUCAUGGGAAGAACUACAUGUGCCUUCUAUCUCAGUUUACGUUAUCACAAUCUCAACCCAAACUACAUCAGCGAACGCCUGACAGAACUAGGUCACAAGUUUGACCUCAGGGUCCUUCUAGUGCAAGUGGAUGUGGUAAGUUUAGAAUUUGCUACAAUUGUUAAGAAAAUUGAAAACAUUUUCGUUUGUGAAACAUAAAUGGGUAGAUCAGUCAUUUUACUAAUUUUAGAUGCUUUUAUUUUUCCAUUGGAAAUCAGUAAUUCAGUUUUACAGAGAUUCCAAUUUCUGAAAGCCCAAGUAUACCAUGUCGAUAUCUCAUCAAAUAGAAUAUAAUAAUAAUACCCAAUAUAAAAAAGCAUGCUUUUCCCUAUGGGGCGCCAAGUGUCCGCCAGUGAUUUCCGUCCAAAUCACGGCAUUCCGUACACAAAAUGUGUUUUUAUUCAGACGAAAAUCAUUUCGUCAUGACGCUUUUUUAUUUCGUACACAAAAUUUAUUUUUUGUCACACAAAAUCAAUUUCGUCUCGACGAAAUGCACGAAAUCAAUUUCGUCUAGACGAAAUGUAAUUGCGUCCACAAAGUUUAUUUGGCGUGCCAUACGAAAUGAAUUUUUAUCAAACGAAAUGGCGCACCAAAUGUCCGAUGGUAAAUUCCGUCCAAUUCACGCAAUUCCGUACACAAAAUGUGUUUUUGUUCAUAUGAAAAUCAUUUCGUCAUGACGCAGUUUUAUUUCGUAUACGAAAUUAUUUUUUGUCACACAAAAUCAAUUUUCGUCGAGACUAAAUGUAAUUGCGUCCACAAAAUUUAUUUCGUUGCGAUGAGAAAAUCUAUUCCGUCGACGAAAUCAUUUUGUGUCAAAACACAAAAAAAUUCCGUCAACGAAAUGAUUUUGUGUCAAAACACAAAAAAAUUUCGUCGACGAAAUGAUUUUGUGUCAAAAGACAAAAAAAUUUCGUCGACGAAAUGAUUUUGUGUCAAAAGACAAAAAAAUUUCGUCGACGAAAUGAUUUUGUGUUUUGAGUCUUUUUGACAUAAAAUCAUUUCGUCUCCUCUGUCUCGAAGGGGACAUAAGAAGGUCGCUGAUUGGCUGCACCUUGGUCAAGCUGUUUUCGCUCCGGGAUCGGGACGGACGAUCACACUUUUUCACAGCUCAGAUUGGCACGUUGGUGAACUUAUUAGCUUAGAUUUCACGUUAUUCAUGCCUACAUGAGCUGCAUACAACUGCUCUAAUCGGUAGGAUGUGGACGGACAUUGCAUUCAUUCCCAUUCAGCCGUUGGACUGAACCUGUACUGUCUGUAACACAGUAUGGAUGGUCAAUAUGAAGCGAGCUUCAUUGAAUUCCUCCAAGAGCUCUGUACUCCGUUCUGAUAAUUUUGAAGAUGGUUGCUUUGACAGGACUGGGCAAGUGACUCGUCUUAGACAGGAUGCUGUCCCAACCAUGUUUGAUUUCCUGCCUCGUCUUCAGAAGAAUUCACCAAACCAAGGAAUUCCCCGAAAGAAAGAUGUUUUGAUUCAGCAAACAACCUCCCAGAUACUGCAAAGACACCUGUACCAAAGUCUUCAGCACCUUUAUUUCUCAAGGACCACUCCUACUCAAUAUCAGAAAGUCCAAGAGGGGUAAAGUGGA